AUGGCGAAAGAGGGAGUAGCAGUUGACUUCGAGUACGCCAAGCAGAUAGACAAGGCGCGUCGAGAACUACGCGCUCUUAUCUCCUCCAGGAACUGCGCUCCUCUCAUGCUCCGAUUAGCAUGGCACGAUGCUGGUACCUAUGAUGCAAAGACGAGAACAGGAGGUGCCAAUGGUUCCAUUCGGAAUCAACAGGAAUUGAAUCACCAAGCUAACAGGGGCUUGGAAACAGCUGUUCAAUUUUGUGAGGAAGUGAAGGCCAAAUGUCCCAGAGUUUCAUAUGCAGAUCUUUACCAGCUAGCUGGUGUUAUUGCGGUAGAGGUAACCGGGGGUCCAACAAUUCGCUUUGUUCCUGGGAGAAAGGAUUCACUGGAAUCUCCACCAGAAGGGCGCCUUCCUGAUGCUACAAAGGAUGCACAGCAUUUAAGGGAUGUCUUUUAUCGCAUGGGUCUCACUGAUAAAGACAUAGUGGCUUUAUCCGGAGGCCAUACAUUGGGUAAAGCGCAUAAAGAACGCUCAGGCUUUGAAGGCCAAUGGACAGAGAACCAUUUGAAGUUUGAUAACUCCUAUUUUGUAGAGCUAAUGGAUUCAAAAGAUUCAUUCAAGCUUCCAACAGACAAGGUUCUAGUUGAGGAUCCUGAGUUCCGCAAGUAUGUAGUGCGCUACAAAAAUGAUGAGGAUGCUUUUUUCGCAGAUUAUGCAGAGUCACACAAGAAGCUCUCAGAGCUGGGGUUCAAUCCAAAUCGUGUUUCAGAUAGCCGUAUAGUCCAUGGAGUUAUAGGGUUUCUAGUUGCCUCAACUGUGAUCGUGAUGGGUUACUUAAUUGAAAUCAACAGAAAAAGCAAGUGAUUAUGUUGUCUUAUUAUUGUCUUUCUUUCCAGAAAUAUAUGCUGAUAUUAUAUUAACACUCGUGUCAUUUGUGAAUUUCGCAAUUUCAAUUGUAUGUGGGGGACCUUGUAUUCAUAAUACAAUCAUAGUUUAUUCUUUCAAUCCAUAUCCAUA